GAGGAAGCUCAAUCAAAGAUUGCUGGUGAUGUGUCUCGUAGCACCCUACAAGGUUCACACAGCCACUGAGAUUGCCAAAAGGUCUCGUUGUCACCUGGUUUCCGAGAUAAGUUGCUCCAGCCUUACCAGCAACAUCUGCCUCUUUUCUCAUUGGGCAAUCAAUCAUGAGCCGGGCAGUCCUUUUUUGAGGCUCAGCGCCACGGAUGCCACAUACUAACCCCCAAGUUGAUCGAAGUGCCAGCCUUCGUGGUUCGCACUCUCUACUUUCUCCCUUCCUUCUUCGAGCCCCUUACUACCUUUCCUUUGCCUUCAGUGACCCUUCACCAAGACUUCUAUACCCCGCCACGUCCGACUUAUGCUAUGUAUACACAACGCCAGGAUCAGCACGUGGACUCCGUGGAUAUUUUCUUGGUGACAAUCCAAAGAUCGAUUUAAAUCCACCAACUAGAGCUCCUCCAUCACAGCCGUAUCCACAUUCAGACGUCAGCCCUGGAGAUCCCAGCCUUUUGGCCAUCAAAGAUGGAGGAUCGGUCAAGUCUCCACGCCGUUCUUCUGCGUCGACUUCAAGGUAUGAGGAACAUGGUGUCAUAGACAAGUCAGAUUACACCCCAGUUCUUCAAGGUCUCCAAUUCAACUCCGUAAGCAUCACGACCGAUCGUACGACCAACACGGGACCAGCAGAGCUUGAUGGUACCCCGACCCUUCCCUCCAAGCAUGGUAACGCUUCACGGUGCUAUGGCCAAGUUGAAUCCGAGGCGGAUCGAAUCCGCCGUGCACGUAAGAGCCAGAUGGAAGCAAUGGCAUUGGCCCGAGGACAACAGCGCAUUGCAGCAACCCCAAUGCCAAACACUGCUGAACAGAUUAGGCUCGAUGAGCGACUGGCGACACAAUUCAGCUUGGAAGAAAUGGCGUCCUUUCCGACUGUUGACAUCUCUCGCCAGCAUGAUGACAUCCCUUUUGAUCGUAGCUCUCCCGAAACGUAUCAGAUACCGCUGCCACCUCUUCCCUCUGUGUACAGCAAUUUCCAGAGUCAGAGGAACAACACACCGGAUACGGUGACCUUGGGUGGUUCAUCCAUGUACACUCCAAAUGUCAACGAUUCUCCCACCGUUGGGAGAGCGACUCUCAAUGUAACCACAUCCACCCGGCAACAACAGAGCCCUGAUCCUCACUUCAGGACCUUUCUAGGCAAGUCUCCAGACGAGCAUAUCAGCAAACCGUCGAACCUCCCUAAAAAUGACAGAUUAGAAAACGACAAAGGGGUAAACUCGUCAUCUUCUCCCCGAAACCCCGAAAACCCCCUUUCAUAUACAGCGUUCUGCGACCAAUGUGAGUUGGAACGAGAAGACGUAUCCUUUUGCCCAGUCUGCUCCUUUAACUAUUGUGCCGAACACUGGGACAGCCAAAUGCUGCACCGAUCAAGACGGCCAACCACUGGCAUCCCCCACGAGAAAACGAAUCCCCAUGUCGCAACGCAGAUCCUUUCCAUUAUCGAGCCGUGCAGCGACGAAGUGCUUCAAGAAAGCCUUCACCGAGCCGAUGAAGAGACUACAUGGUUCGGUGUUCUCCCAGACCAGGCGGGCCGGCUCUCACUUCAUGAUUUCGGAAGGUACGAAGAUUUUCUGUCUGAGUCUACAUUCAGCCCUAGGUCCGGACAGUAUCCUAGUCUGAUUUCAUUCAUUGGCAAAACUGGCGCCGGCAAGAGCACUAUUGUCAAAGGCCUAGUACAGUUGUUUUCGGCCAGCAUACAAUCAGGAAUGCCACAGACCCCUGUCGUCGGUAUGCCACAGCAUCAAGAAAUACCAACAAGCGGCGAGGUUCAUUUGUUCUGGGAUCCUGUUUCGCUCCACACCAACAGACCAAUGCUAUACGCAGACUGCGAAGGUCUCGGCGCUGGUAGCCAGGAACCAAUGUCAGCCCGCGCAACAGCCAAUGGAUCGGGAGUGAACGUCAACCGGUCGAAUCAAUAUCUUGAUACGUCUCUACACCGUGUCAUGCAGUCAGGCAUGCCGGGCUCAUUGAACACGCCACCUGGAUGGGCUUCUGCAUCUGGCAAAAACUUUCGAGGUGUGACCAGAGCGAUAACCUGGGCACAGACUCAAGGUCAACAUAAUCGCGAAUUCAUUGUCGAGAAUCUUUACCCCAGGCUUCUUUAUACCUUCUCAGACAUUGGAGAAAUCCAACGUUUGAUCAAGUGGGCUGCAUCGGCCAUCGAGAAAUCAUCCAAUCAGCCAAUUUUACCUUUCGCCAUCAUCAUUAUCAAUGCAGUAGAUUCUCAAACUGAUAGAAAUCUCUACGAUGUGGGCAAUGCUACUCAGAAGUUGUUAGACGGUUUAUCACAAGCCAUCCAUCAAAACCCAGAAUUCCGAAACUGGGCGUCCUUCUGGAGAGAAAAUUUUGAGCAAGAUAUCGACACGACAAAGGAGCUUCUCCUUAGGUACUAUACAGACUUUAGAGUUGUCUUCGUGCCAGAGAAGGGCCAGCCUGCCUUAGUAUUCCAGCAGUACCAAGCUCUACGCAACGAGAUCCAGAGCGCCGUUUCUAGGAGUCAGUCUCGAAGGCUCAAUGCUCGACUUUUACUCAACUCGGAGCAACUAAACCCCUAUCUCCAAUUUGCGUUCGAACACUUUUCGAGAACGCUCGAAACACCGUUCGAUUUUGUCAGAACAUCGUCUGCAUUCGAAGAAUUCAACUCGAACUCGAGUCCAGUCUUGUGUCUUGUCAAGGCGUAUACCGCUGCUUUCCAGGCUGGCUCUGGUUGUCUCGACAUUUUCGUCAGCAUCUCUCCUCUGGUAGGAUCGGCAAUAAUUCUGGAUAUGGCUCGAAGGGAAUUACCUGGAUCUCCGAAUGCCAAUUUUCCGCGCUACGUGCAGCAACUUAAGCAAGCCAUGAGAUCUUUUCGAGACGAAGAAUGGCCUUGUGAAGCGCGUCACCCCAAAUCGGGAGAGCGAUGCAUUGUCGUACUGGCACGCCACAAUACCGUAGGCCACCAGCUUGCUGAUGGGAGAAUUGAGCAGGAUAUUGAUCCAGAGUCGGUGUUCAUCGACGCUGUAUAUGACAUACUUCUCAAGCUCUACCGGGUCCUCAUGUCAAGCACCCGUGAAAGAGGUCUAUCGAGCCCAAUAGCCGAGAAACAGAUUGCCUUUGAGAAUCAUCAUCGCCUAACCAUCCAAGGAGAAACAUGCGAGUUCUUCAGGGAUGAAAAGCUUCUACAAAGUCAAAUUAUCUGCUUAUGUUGCAUUUUUGGCCUACCCAGUCAUCCUUUGCUCUGCGGGCAUGUUCUGUGCGAUCAAUGCUUCUUAGCACAUGGCAAAUUUGUCGGCGAGAAUGUUCUUCAAAUUGUCUCGUGCCCAAUUUGCCUCAAAUCCUGGAACCAUGGUCGUGACGUUGUCAAGAUUACGCGAAAACCUCCCUCAGCAGGCCUGAGAAUUCUUUCUCUAGACGGAGGCGGCAUCCGAGCUUUGGUAGAUCCCGUAAUCUUGGGUAUCAUCGAGGACAAAAUCGGCAUGAAUAUCCCGAUCCAAGAAUUCUUCGAUCUCAUUGUCGGUACGAGUGGAGGGGGAAUCGUUGCCCUGGCUAUCGGAGAGAAAGAUAUGAGCGUCGCUGCCGCGACAGACAUGUUUAAAGUCUUCGCAGGACGAGCGUUCAGUCGUCGCAGAGGGUCAAGGCUUCCCCUGAUUGGACGAAUCAUCCAGUUGAAGUAUCAGUCACAAUAUCACACCCAAGGUCUUGAAAAGUCUUUGAAGGAGAGCUUCGGAACAGAGUAUCUAUUCGGCGGGCCGCGAACUACUCAAUCGUCAUCACGCUGCAAAGUCGCGGUCACCACUACUGACACCAGCGGGGAAGCUCGCCUCCUUGCAAAUUACAACCGUGCAGGCCAACCCAACACCCCGUACAUCUUGCAACGAUUUGAUAAGCUGGCUCAAGAAGUGAAAAUCUGGGAAGCUGGACGAGCCACUUCCGCUGCUCCUGGGUACUUCAAAGGCCUUUACCUAUCCUCAAACGGGCAUACUUAUUGGGAUGGCGCUCCGAAGUUCAACAACCCAAUUCUUGCCGCUGAUCUAGAACGUCAACAAAUCUGGCCUGAAUCGAGAAAUCAGCUGCCAGACAUUAUGCUGUCCCUUGGGACUGGGUUCUUUCCGGACAGUCGGACCCAACGCGGCGAAGCGGGUCCUUGA